UAUGGGGUUACGUGGCUCAGCAUUCAAACAUGUGAAUGUCAUUUGAUGGUCACGCGCCUAGCUCCCAGGCGCGGCGCGCGUAAGGGUAUAAAGGCUGAAAAUUCACUUACGAUCAGUAUUCUUUGUUGUUGCCGUUGAAAAUGGAAUUUGUCCAGCUCCGUUUCCUUGCCGUCCUGUUGGUCGCUCUCCCUUUGUUCACUGUCGGAGCACCGACAGCAGCGCCGAAGGUCGGAAUAGCGCUGUAUUAUGAGAGCCUGUGUGGAGGAUGCAGGGACUUCAUCAUGUCCCAGUUCUAUCCGACGUUCCUGAAGGUUGGCGACAUCAUGAAUGUGACGCUGGUCCCGUACGGAAAUGCAGAAGAAACUCGCUACGGGGAUAAAUGGCAAUUCACUUGUCAACACGGUAAGGCGGAAUGCGUAGGAAAUCUCAUUGAAACAUGCGCCAUCUCGAUUCUUCAGAAUACUACCGUGUACUUUCCUUUCAUCCACUGCCUUGAAACCAACCUCGCUGGGAGUGAUCCGCUCUCGGUCGCAGAACAUUGCGCCACUCAACAAGGAAUUGAUUUCGCCCCCAUUGAGAAGUGCCAGACAGGCCCACAGGGGAAUGCCCUCGAGCAUCAAAUGGCUCUGAAGACCAAUGCGCUGGUUCCUCGCCAUAAUUACGUUCCGUGGAUUACACUGAAUGGUAAACACACUAAUGAUAUACAGGACAAGGCAACUUUUAAUUUGCUAGGAUUGGUGUGUGACACUUAUCAAGGUACUAAACCUUCUGCUUGUCAAAAACACGAACGGAUACAUUCUCGCUGCUACAAGGAUGCGUGAACAAUAGUUCGGAAUGAGGAAGUCAGUAUUGUAAUUUGUAAUCAGUUUUUCCCUGUUUACGAUUUUCUUGCACCAUUGUUGUGAAAAUUGCUACAAGAAUUUUAAGUCUACAUUGUAUCUCUUUUCGCUUUAUGUUAAGUUGUAAAAUUGACAAGUGAUAUCCUUGUCGAUUUAAAUUAAUGAAAAGUUAAAGUUACUGAGUCGUUUAAAUCUCUUUGCGGUGAACCUGUAUGUUCAGUAUUUUCCCUGCGCGCUGUAAUGUGGUUUUGAGUCAAAAUUAUAAUAAACAACAUACCAUUUACUCCCCAACCGGUUUUCUACUUC